AUGCCUGCAACCACCAGAGCUAUCUCUAAAAGACUUCUCUCAUCUAUUUCAAAAGAGGUGGAGUUGCGUCUUCCCAAAGCUUCCUCUUCAAAUGCUACUUUACAAAAUGUUGUUGGUAAAUCAAAGAGUCAGACACAUUCCAAGCAUCAGAUCAGACGAAAAGCACGGAAAAGAUCCCACCAAGAUCAGAAAUCUAAACAACAGAAGCCUGCCAGAGGAAACACAAAAAUUGAAUUGUCAGAUCUUCCUUCUACUACUGUCACUCACUGGCCUUGUCAUCAUUGUGAUUGCUCUCAAGGAGUCUUCGAGUUAUUAGUUCCUCUCUGUGUCAACUGUGGACACGAGAUGAACGACCAUGCACCUCGUAUUUUAAGUUCAUGGAAUACCCACUGCCCUUAUAUUUGCGAAAGACCAGAUCUAGUUUCUUCAGUUCUGCAACUUGCACUAAAUACGGGAAUGGCGGUUAUUCGUGCUACACCUCUGGUGGGAAAGACAACUCUUCUUCAACGAAAAGACAAUGCCAAAUAUCGUCCACAUAAUCCUGACGCCAAAAUUAUCUAUCUCGUUGAUGAAGCUCAAGGUUCUUAUGAAGAUGAAGAAUUUUGGAUCUCUGAACUCAAGAACCGCUACACUAGAUCACGAUCAAUAUUCGUGCUUGUUUGCCUUUAUGGGGCUGCUGGCAUUUCUGAGAUUCAAGAACCGUUCAUUCAAUCGCAAGCCUCGAAAGUAGACGAUCUCAAUCGUAUCGAAUUACGACCAUCAAAAUCCAGUUCUUUAUGUAUGCUCUUCAGAUCGGAUGAGACAUUGACCGCAGUCAGUAAAUGGAUCCUGGAGAAUGGUCUUAACCCUGGUAGCGUUGAUCGAGUAGCCAUAGCCGAGUAUCUUCACUCUGCUACUGACGGUCAUCCAGGAAUGAUUGGAUUGAUCUUGGGUUGUUUUGAAAUGUUGAUUUCACAGAACAUCCAAAACCGUCGAAGAUGGUCGCCAGUCUUCUGUCAUGAGAUCCUUGUCGAGCAUGAUUUCCUACUGGAAUUUCUUAAUCAAUGGGGCAGAGGCGUCUGGACAGUUGUAGGAGAGAAGCACCUAAAGAACUAUUUGGUACGUUCUCCAUCUUGCAGCCAUCUCAAAUAUUCGGAUGUUACAGAUGCAAUGCGUAAAGUAGCGAGACUACCCAAAGGCUACACAGAGCCAGGAACGAACAACAUGAAUGCAUUAGCAUUUUGUUAUAAAAUGGGGUUCCUACAUGCAGAGCACCUUGCGCAUGGAAGUAGCGAAAUCACCUAUAAUUUUGCCUCUCCAAUACAUAGAAGAUAUGUGCAUUCACCCCGUUCUUUGCUUAUACUAACGCCAGACAGGAUCGCAUAUCGACGACUCAUUCCAGGUCCGCCACCAGGAAGCGUUUCAGAUACAAUCACCCUUCAGCAAGCCUGUUUAAACGCCAUUGAAAGGUUUAGCCCGUCUGUUCUGCAUCAUCGCUCUCCCUCGUCAAAUACUGGUUGCCAGUCCGAUACUAAUUGGGGUAUUCCAGAGGCAGUAUUCCAGGAUGAGAUGUAUUGUUGCCUUAACCAGGAGCUUCAUAAUCUACCGAUCUUGUCAGAAUAUGCUGAAACAAAGGACGGAAGAAUCGAUUUCUUUAUCUUUGGCAAAAAAUGGGGUAUUGAGAUACUUCAAUCUGGCAACCAUGGAAGGCUAGAAGAACAUGCAAAUAGAUUUAAAUCUGGAGGGAAGUAUCACAAAUGGGGUAUUCUCGAAGAUUAUAUCAUUCUGAACUUUUGCCCAAAGUCUUCUCUUGAUGUACUUGAAAUCAAAGAUGUUGAUACGCAAUCGCAUAUUCGACAUGUUGUCAUCGAUGCAAAUGAGCGCAUCGCGCAAGUAUACACAUAUGACAAGCAGCUGCAAACAGUUCUGAACCUGGGCGAGGGAAGAACCAGGUCUCACUCACCUGAAGAGCAGACAGCUCCUGGGGACUCGGAUAUUCCUAUGGCUCUGCGAGAUCAGAAGAUAGAGUUGGAGCAAGAGAAUGAAAGGCAUGAAGAGGCGCUAAGAACAAUAUAUCAACUGAAGCUAACGCCUGGAAAAAGGUGA